AUGGCCGCCCAGCCGGGACUCAAACACGCGGCCACGGAACACGCCGCCAUGGAUGAGAAACGUGAGAGGCGUCGCGGCGCGGCGGGCCGGGCGGCCGCUCUACGUCGGGCCCCCUCGGACUCGGACUGUUCGGGGGAGACGGCCUCCCUGUCGGCGGACAGCGGGGACAGGCCCGCCAGGCCCGCGCCCCCCACUACGAGGACCGCUAAGAAUAGGAGAAGAUUCUCUAUCAGCAGUCGUCGGCGAGGCAGCGAGUGGGAGGUGUUGGAGGGGCUCAAGGACGGCCAGAGGUUCGACCGGCGGCCCGACGUGUUCAACGGGUACCUCCACAAGAAGAGGAAGUGGCCGCUCAAGGGGUGGCACAAGCGUUUCUUCGUGAUAGACGGCGGUAUCCUGGUGUACGCGCGCUCGGCGGCGGACGUGUCCCGCGGCCGGCUGCACGGCUCCGUGGACGUGGGGCUGUCCGUCAUAUCGGCCAAGGCGCGCCGCAGACGGAUCGACAUAGACGCUGACGAGUUCAUAUACCACCUGCGGGCCAAGACGCCCGACGUGUUCCGCACCUGGCUCAAUGUACUGAAGGCGCACCGGUUGUACCGCCAGCACCUGCUCACGUUCGGUGCGCGCGAGUCGGUCCCCAAGAUACACGCGCCCGACGACCUGCCCGCACACCCCGCGGACACCCCCUCACGGAACACGAUCUCCAGAAAGAUGUACGAUGAAAAAGUUACACGUGAAUGGGGAACGAACAGCUUGGUGUACACGCUGUACGACGUGCAAACGAGCUAUAAGAACGCGUUCAACAAACGACCGGCGGCGAAGUACGGCGGAGACAGAAACGCGGUACAAGAACUGUUCACAGUUAUAGAUGAUAUGGAAAAGAAUAUACACAUGAAAAACAAAAGACUGAAGGCCGCUCACAGAAACGAGAAGAUUAAGAGAAACGAAAAUAUAACUCUCAUGAUGUCCAUCAACGAGAGACAGGAGUGUGAAAAUAAUGUGAGCCAUAUGACAUACUGCGACACCGCCUGCUCCUCCGAAACAUCCUUCGAUGAAAAAUAUAACAAACAAACACACAGCGUGACCGACGUGGACGGAACAGACACGCCCGCGUACUACUUCUUCACCAGGAAAGAAAAGGGAGAAGACAAGCCAUUGAUUAGGAGAAGUAAGAAGUGCACCAACGUUGUUAGAUACAGAAACAUACAGGACGAGCCGCGACUCAGGAAACCUCUGAGUAAAGUCAUGCUGUUGACUAAAUAUAAACUGAUGCAGUACAACUCACUGACGCUGAACGACUGUGACGAGGACGCGGGCACGAAACAAGUGGACAUACAAACAACACCCAGCAGAGAACACAAAGAUAUACAGAACACGUUGUCACCAGAAGACUACGACACCAUCGCUGAGAAACUGAUGGUAUCAGUCGUCUCCAACAACAGUAAGGACUCCUUCACCAAGAACUGCAUUAACCAGGUCAUCAAAGAGUUGUAUGAGAUAAAACAGAAUGAUACCGGGGACCAUCCCGUCAGAAACCUGUUCCGAAGCCUGUUAGAAUAUUGGUUACAUAACACCUCCUCCGAAAACUGGAGGAACGGCACGAAGAUAACUAAAUCCAUCCACCGGCCAUCUAAUAGAUAUUUUACAAGAGACGAGCCGACGUCCAACAUCACCGUGCCGCAGACAUCACGAUCCACUCAGUUCCGCGGGAUAAGUGAUCUGAUUAAAGAUAAGGCCUUCGAGAUCCCCAUACAGAACCCUGGCAAGAACAACAGGCUGGCGUGCAAGAUAAAUGACAGCUUCGAAAAAGAAAGACGAAUACAAGAACUGGAAAGAAUACUUAAAAAUACCAUUUACAUCUGUGAAACGGUUCAGAGCAAUCACAGCAGGGAGAAAGAUAUCAAAAUAACCAAGAAAAUUAUUAGCAGCCUCGAUAAAUUCCCAAAUGAAAAUAAUUUAACCAAAUCAGACGAAGAAAGUGCAUGCGAUAACUCUAAUUCAUCGAACGAACUACCAAAACUACAAGAAACAAUAAAACAUCUUAUUAGCGAGACCUCCAUACCACCCGACGUGGCCAAAGAGUUCUUUGGGGCUUAUUUAAACCUCCUGCGACAGGGUCACAGUGAUGAAGAGACCACGUCGUCUUCUGAAGAACAGCACGCAAACGUUAGUGCCAAGUGUGAUAUUAUAGCUGAACCGGUCAACAAGAGACUCUCGAAAGGGGUUUCGACCAAAGAAGACGGAUCACCGAGCAAGGAACACGGCGGUGACUCCGGACAGAUGUAUCUUAAGAACAUACUCGAUACUAUAACAACUAUUUUCUCAAGAAAUGUUAUUGCAAAUGCGAAGAGACAGUAUAGUAAAGACUGGACCGGAAUGAAAGUUCACAAUGAAAUUGACCUCUUUAAAAAAGACAGUUGCGGAGAAACUUCCCUUGUCAUAGAUAUAUCUAAAUACGACCUCGAACAUAUAUCACUGAAAAACGAUCCAUCGGUUAAAGGAAUGCCUUCAAUAAUAAUGAAACUAAAAGAGAAACCAAUGUAUUCUGGGGAGAGUAAGUCUAUGAACUUAAACUUAAAGUUCGCGGACACAUCCGACAUAGAUGUAAGUGAUAUAUUUCCACUGAAGAAUUCCCAAUCUGAUAGAAUAUUCUGUACGAAAUCAGCAAACUGUAUAUCAUUAACACGAAUCUCCUAUCAGAACAUGCAGGAGUAUGUCGACAGAGAAGCUAAAGAGUUACGACCAUACAUGAGCAGCCACGAGGGGAGCGAUAAAAUAAUAUUAAACGAUAUUAAAAUAAAAAGUUGUUCCACUUUAAGUUGUGGAAUAUGUGAAGAGUACAGAUCGAAAACGACCGGCAACAAGGUACAGAGGGAAGGAACAGACUCGAAGAAGAAAACAUACGAUGACGACAUGCAGUCGUGUUACAUUCUAUCAUUGAAGAAAAGGAAAUCACUCACACAAUCCAAACACAAGAAGAAAAAAACAUUAACCAGCGAACGUGAGCGAGGUGUCACUUUACACCUCAGUCAAAGCCAUACGUCCAUGUUUGACAAAACACCCAAGGUUAUAGACGAGGCCUAUAUACUAAAAGUUCUGGAGAAUUUAACGAAAGUAUCAAAAAAUGUUCCAAACAUUAAUAAGGAAAUUAAUAACUUUUACAUGAAGUUACGGAAAAAACAUGAAAAAAUGUCUACAAGUACUAGCAGAUCAAACAGAUUGGGUUUAUUGGGGAAGAUUUAUAAAGACGAUUCUUUUUCCAAAGGCGCGGAAGAGAUCGAAACUCAAUUCGACGAAACUAUAUGUCCAAGGGCUGUAACGUUCCUCACCACAGACACCGGAACGAGCACCAGCAACGAUCAUAUUAAGAAACGCGUCAGUGACAAAGCCACGGGCCUGAUUUUAAAAACAGAAAAUCUGAGUAAAUAUAUUCAGGUCGGUGUGAAUGAGGACAGUAUCACGAGAAACACUUUUAAUGUACCAAGACGAAACAUAUUUUUUAACACUUACAACACGAGCAGUACUCAGACGUCAUCCUUCAGUAGUAUGUUUAGUGAAGAAGAUCAUCGAACCGCGGAGCGAGCUACAUCCAGGCCAGAUUUCCCUACAGCGAACGGUACUAAAGACUGCGCUAUCAGCACUAUAGUGAAGUCGAUGUGGGACAAAGCCGAUAGCUCGCAGAACUUCCGCUUUAGGAAAAGAAGUGUAAAAAGGAACGACGAGGAAGCUGUAGCGACGAAGAAGUUUAAAAACAUUAGAAAGCCAUCUCCAGAAAUAAGACAGAAUCUGAUCAAAGAGAUUGCACUUUUUUCUCCGCAACUCAAAGUGUCCACACAGUCACAAACGGAGAAGAAGCUGCGAUGUCUGCGGAACAAACCAGCCACCACCGACUACCAAGUGUACCAGCUGUUCAUGAGCCGCAAGUACGAGGCUAAGAAGUCAUGUUCGAUGUUAAACUUUAUCGUUCAGAGCGACCUCAGCGACGACCUCCAAACCCUCUACCGAUGUAGUAGCGACACCUCCUACAUAUCCGGACUGGUCAGUCCGACGCCCGCCCGAGGGCCUCAGGCUGGCUUCGUGGCCGGCACGCCCGGGGGACGCUUUGCAGGAUGGAUCCUCGAGGCCGGCUGUCCCCUGGAGAGCGCGUCCCGCGAGCUGGGCCAGGCGCAGCUGUCCGUGCAGCAGCUGCAGCGGCUGCUGGCCGCCAUCGAGCUGCAGCAACAGCAGCACCACGACACAGAUGUGUCUCUGGAGGGCGCGUCUCCUAACGUGAAGAAGGACCGCCGUAAGUUCGGUCUGCGCAAGAAGAAGUCGUCGGGCAAGGGCUCGACUGCGGAGCUGCACGCGCCGCACGCGGACCUGGCCGCCUCGCACAUGUGCCUGUCCACGGUGCCGGCGCCCCCCUCCCCCGGCGGCGGGUCGGCCUCCGUCCCGUCCUCCGCGGCCUCGCUGCCCAUCGGUGAGUGA